UGUACUCAAUUCACAAUUGACAUGUCAUUUGAAAUUUGUCAAGUUAUUAGGUUCACCAAAAAUUAAAAAUAUUGAAGAUGGGAAAAUAAAUAUCAAAAUAUUGUUGUUAUACCUCCAUGAAUUUGAUUUAUACUUUUUUAAAAUUAUAUUUCUUGAUUAUAAUAAAGAUAACUAUAGGGACGUAAUGGAAGGUAUUUUGUGGAAGUGGACAAAUUACUGGAACGGCUGGCAGACGAGAUGGUUCGUCUUAGAAAACGGAAUAUUAUCUUACUAUAAAUCUCAAGAUGAAGCUAGUCAAGGAUGUAAAGGUUCAGUGAAAGUUUCAGUUUGUCAAAUUAAUGUUAAUAAUAUUGAUAACACUAGAAUGGAUUUAGUAAUACCUGGCCAGCAACACAUGUACCUUAGAGCACCAUCUCCCCAGGAUCGACAAAAAUGGUUGGUAGCCUUAGGUAGUGCCAAAGCAUGUUUGGAGUCAAUUGUUGAUUCAAAAGUGAUUGGAUUUGAAGAUUCCUUGAGUGAUAAGAAAUCAGAAUUGCAUCUUUAUUGUGAUUUAUUAAUGCAACAAGUGCAUGCUGUUAAAAGUGCAGCUAGCCAGGAAACUGGUCCUGACAUGGAGAAGCUUGACGAAGCAUCAAGCUUAUUAAAAUCCACUUGUGACACAUUUAUUAGGACUUUAGAAGAUAUUAUGAAAUACACCACUACUGCCACCGGAAAUAUAACACCCUUUGAAAUUCCAGUACCUAAUAUAUGUAAAAAUAUGAAAACAAACCUUAAUAGAUCUCUAUCUCAGGAAACUAGAUAAAGUUGUUGAGGAAAAAUACCCUUCUAUCUAAGAGUUUUUGUAUAAAGAUUUCAUCUUCUCUUUAAUUAUUAAAAAAUAGGCUAU